CUGGGUAAUACUGCAGUAGCGGGAGCGUCAGAGGCGGAGACGAGGUCCUGGGUUAGACGAGGAGGACAAGACAGCCAGCUGGAUAUCCAGACGAGCCGGGCAACACCUCGACACAGGGCAAUGAACUGAUCUCGCAUUAUAGCAGUACCUUCGCAUAUUGAUAUUACAGUAUUGUUAGGGUUGUGAUUGCUAUUAUUAGUAGUAUUAUUGUUGGUAUUACUGUUAUUGUAUAUGAAUAAGCAUUUAUUAUAAUACAUCUAUAGAUUUUAUUAUUGAUUCCAUUUGUUUUAUGAAUGCCAAUAUAUUCUCACGACGAACAGAUCAUUAUAACACGCCAGGUCAGCGUAAAACAAUGUUUUCGGAAAAUAAAAGUUAGGCAAUUAGUAGGUUUUUAGAAAGAUCCAACACGUUGUCACUGAGUUUAGUAAAAGUGGACGGUGAAUUUGUGGUGGUGGCGAGAACAGGCGAUUCCAGUUCACAGGGCUACGUGUUUGAUUUUCUCUCCAAUUCGAUGACGCUGUAGAUAGAAGUGGGUGUAUACGAACGGUUUCUAUGAGGUUCUUUUGCGUUGCUGCACUGCAGAUGCUGUUGGGAAAGACUCGUCUGUGAAAUAACUCACUUUUGGCUUGUGAAGUUCGCGUUUCGUUUUCUUUGAGCCAUACACAGUUCGACGUAUUUUUUUCUUUCAAGUAUUAAAAAAAAAUCUCUCUCUAUAUAAGUGGAUUAGGGAAAUCGAAUGCAAAUAUAUUAAUGCACUGAUCAUUUGGAAUAGCCUUGGAUUUUUGGACUGGUUUGACGUGCAGAGAACGGGAUAAGACUACGCGGUUGUCCUUCAGUACUAAAUAUAUAUUUGGAGGAAACCUCACCUGCCCGCCGAUCCUCACCUCCAUGAAGCAGGGCAGGCUACCCUCUUGCAAACGGUCCAGGAGUUGUUUGAAAAGGCAGAAUGCAGGUGGGGUUAGUGGUAUCAUCAGCAAUGUGCUUAAGAAGAGGAGCUGCAUUUCCAGGUCUGCGCCACGCCUGCUGUGCACUUUAGAACCAGGAGUCGAUACUAGACUGAAGUUUACUAUUGAACCUUCACUGGGCAAAAAUGGAUUCCAGCAGUGGUAUGAUGCGCUCAAAGCUGUGGCCAGGCUACCCACUGGAAUCCCAAAAGAGUGGAGGAAAAGGGUUUGGUUGACACUAGCGGAUCAGUAUCUCCACACCAUCUCCAUAGAUUGGGACAAGACCAUGCGCUUUGCCUUCAACGACCACAGCAAUCCUGACGAUGACACCAUGGGAAUACAGAUAGUCAAGGACUUGCACCGGACAGGCUGCAGCUCGUACUGUGGGCAGGAGGCUGAGCAGGACCGCGUUGGGCUCAAGAGGGUGCUGCUGGCCUACGCUCGCUGGAACAAGGCCGUGGGAUACUGCCAGGGCUUCAAUGUGCUUGCCGCGCUCAUCCUGGAGGUCGUGGAGGGCAACGAGGGAGAGGCGCUCAAGGUUAUGAUAUACCUGAUUGACAAGGUUCUACCUGACAGCUACUUUGCCAAUAACCUGCGUGCUUUAUCAGUGGACAUGGCUGUGUUCAGAGACCUGCUGAGGAUCAAGCUCCCCGAACUCUCCCAGCAUCUGGAUCAUCUGCAGAGAGCAGCCAACAGAGAAAAUGGAGGUAGCUAUGAGCCGCCCCUCACCAAUGUCUUCACCAUGCAGUGGUUCCUCACCAUGUUUGCCACCUGUCUCCCAAACCACACCGUGCUGCAAAUCUGGGACUCUGUGUUCUUCGAAGGGUCGGAGGUGCUGCUGAGGGUCGCCCUGGCCAUCUGGGCAAAGCUGGGAGAACGGAUAGAGAAUUGCCAGAGUGCGGAUGAGUUCUACAGUAUGAUGGGGUGUCUGACCCAAGACAUGCUGGAACAUAAUCUUAUCGACUCCAGUGAUCUCCUGCAGAUGGUGUACUCCAUGGCUGUGUUCCCAUUCCCUCACCUGGCUGAGCUGCGAGAGAAGUACACAUACAACAUCACCCCCUUCCCAGCCCCUGGAAAGCUGGGUAAGAGCCGAGACAGUGAUGAGGAGAUUGAUAUCGAUGACGAGGAUUCGUUGGUCAACGCAGUGGGUUGUCUUGGGCCCUUCAGUGGCUUGCUGGCCCCGGAGCUGCAGAGAUACCAUAAGCAUCUGACAGAUCACAAGGAGGUACAGAGCCUGCGCUUCAGUAACAUUGCAGAGCUGAGCCCUGGAGCCAUUGAUUCGAGCCGCAGUGAAUACCAAGCCAGCUUCAACAGCAUGAUGAUGGAGAGGAUGACCACAGACAUCAGCGCUCUCAAGAGACAGUACUCCCGGAUCAAACGAAGGCAGCAGCAGCAGGCUAACCUCAUCUAUAUCAAAGCAGGUACAGAGGAGGAGCCUAACCCUGGGAUUGUGAUUGAUCCCAGGAGCCAGUCCUGGAAUGGCACGGAAAACCAGGGACCCGCCACCAGCCUCCUGCCAUCUCAGAUCCAUCAUUCCCCGGCCAUGAACCACCUCCUCCUGGGCAAAAAGCUGAAGCAGACCCAGAGGGGCUCUCUGAACAACAUUGUGCACAUCCCUGGAGCCAAACUGGCUCCUCUGCCCCAUGAAGACAUGAAGACCAAGCUUAAUUCCCCCUGGCGCACGCACGUCCGAGUCCAUCGCAAAAACCUGGCCAGAGCCCGGGGCCAGCUGAGCUACGGGGACACCAUCGGACUGAUCGAGGAGCCAGGGGAGCACAGCCCCAAACCGGGAGGGGAUUUAACAAAAGGGGGCUCUGAGAAGUGGGGGGACGAAAAAGAACUGGCUGGGGUUAUAGAGGAGGAGGAGCACCUGGAGCAGCAGCAAGAUGAUGAUGAGGAGGAGGAGGAGGAGAAGGAGAGGCCAGUUGAGAAAGCUGACGGUCAGUCCCCGGUGCCAGCUUACCGGGACGCCAGCAUCACAGAGGUUCAGCACCAGCUGGAAGCUCUGGAGCUCAGCUCUACCGCCACUGAUCCAGAGCCUCCUGAUCCGGAGCUGCCCCGGUGCCAAAGGAAAGCGUCUGACUCCUCUGGCUCUGAGAGCGGGGGCUCCAGCAUCCUCAAGACCCAGCCCUUCUGCCCUUUCCCCAGCGUCAAGCCGCCCAGGAAGUCGGCUGCGGCCAGGAACUUAGGACUGUACGGGCCCACAUCCCGGACUCCCACCGUGCACUUCCCUCAUAUGAGCAAAAACGUCAACCGGAUCUCCAACGGAGGCAGCGGCACCAAGAAGCGGUGAUGAAAUGUCAGUGUGUUAAAGAGUGCAGAACAAGGCUUUGAAAUCCAUUCCAAACACCUUUUUUAGCACCAGCAACGACGAGCCCUGUUCACAGAAUCAGGUUUUAAAGGCCUGUUUUUGUCCAACACGUUAAAAAAUGUUUCAUGAAACUUUGCUUUGAACCAAAAGGAAUCAAGAACUGCAAACUUGUAAUGUAAUUAACCAAAAUGGGCUUCAAAUAAUCUACCAAACAAAACACUCCAUCCUUUAUACAGUCCUAUUUUGUGCAAAGGUCCAGAUGAUCAUUUAGUGAGGAAGAUCAAUGUGUUCCAUAAUUGGUGUUUUUUUUUAGUAUAUAUUUUUUAUGUAUCAAUUAAUUUAAUUGGCUAUAGUCACUAUGUAUCUUUAGGAAGCUUAAGGUAUAAACUAAAUGACUCCCUUAAAUCUUACCUAAUGCAUUACCAUCGCUUCUUAGGUCAGUUUCCUGUGUAAAAGAUUUUGGUAAAUGUGUAUUUGAUUUUUUAAAGGGUUUUUUUUUUUUUUUUUUUUUUUAACAAAGCUAUGAAGAUGAUGUCUACUUGGAGCAAUCAAUGCAUUUUGUUCAUUAUUUAAAAUAAAUAAAUAAAACAUUAAAAAUGAAAUACACAUUUACCAUUAUGUGUGCGUCUUUUAAAAAAGCAAAUGUGUAAAUUAAGUGAUGGCAGAAACAUUAGGAAGGUUUUACAGUCAGCACUCAGAUAUCUGUUACCCAGAUACACUUCAGUCGUUUUUACCACCUUUGUAUUAAACGCUCCCAGUUUUCUGAUACAAAGCCCAUCUCUUCAGUGUUACAGUUUAUCUGAACAUCCAUCACAGCCCACAUUUUUUUUAUUUUAUUCUCUCUAAUGCAAACUCAGUCUGUCAGUUAUUGUGCAGUUACACAGUUCUUCCUCCAGUUUCACCUGAAAAAAAUGCAGCCAAAACAAAGCGAACGAGACAA